AUAUAAAAUUCAUUAUUUUUAUAUAAAUCAUGUCAUCGAUAGAAUCAUCAAAUUUUGAUAUUGAUUUUUCAAUUCCAUAUGUUGCCGAAACGCCCACAUUAGACGAAAUUCUUGCCGAAAAUCAUGAUAAUAUUUUUGAAGAAAUUGAUCAUUUGAUUGAGCAAGACUUUGGUCAACUUGGUGAAGAUACUUUGGAAUAUUCUGAAACCGAAUUAUUGGAUACUAGUCUGGCAAACCAAUCAUUACCUGAUAAUUCGAAUGUUCAAAUAGAAAGUUCAUUUAAUGUGGCUGAAUUAACUUUCAUAAAAACACAGCUAUCACAAUCUAAAAGUGAUCAAAUUGAUUCAGGCAAUCCCACUGCGUUUGCAUUGUCGCCAAAAUUCUUGGCAAUUGGUACAUUUCAUGGUCACGUUCUUCUGUUCGAAUUGGGCAACGAUAAAAUUGUCGCGUUUCUUAAGCAUAACAAAGAAUUUGGAUCGAUAUCAUCUGUGACGAUAAAUCGAGAAUCUACUCGAUUGGUAGCCGGCGGUAGUCGUGGUUCAAUUUCAUUAUGGAAUUUGAUAAGUUAUGAAAUGCUUCGAGUCAUUAACGAUCUAAAUGGUCUUUAUAGCUCAAUAUUAUCUAUAUCUUAUCUUUCUAAUGAUCAUUUCGUUGUAUUGAAUGAUACGAGUGGAUCAAUAUUCAUAAUGGAUGUGCGUAAGAAAAAUUCAAGAUUACAAUGUGUAUUUUCCGGCAGUCGUGGCGAAGCACUUGUUUUAAAACCACUAACUUAUGAUGACAUUCCUCAUGAUCAACCGGAAUUUAACGGAAUCGAACAGAUCUGCUUGUUAGCUAUGGCAACUGUUUCUAAAAUGAUUGUUAUUUCAUUGCGGCCAUCGGUUGUUGUUCAUUUUACUACAACACUUCGUUCUACACAUUUAGAAUAUCUUCCAUUAAUUGCCUGGAAUCUGUCAUUCAAAUAUGGUAAUGAAUGCAUGCCAUUGUUGACAUUUGGUCGACAAAAUCAGAUUUUCAUUCAUAGAAUGGUUACAGAUUUUGUCGAAAAGAUUACUUUUAUUCCAUUGUAUCAAUUUACCACAACAAAUUAUAUGUUACAACAUCUGAGUUGGUUUGAAGAUGAUAAAUUGUUUGUUGUUGAUACAGAUGAAAUUGGACAUCUAAUCGAUGUAAUCGUACAAGAAGAAAUGGAAAAAAUCGAUCUAAGUCAUAUAGAAUUGGUUUAUGAAAAUGCUCAUUUCAAAUCAUUAGCCAAUGGAGGCUAUGUUAGUCAGGCAAUGUCUCAAGCUGGUGAACAUGCAUGUAAUAAUUCUAUUUAUCUACGAAUCUUGAACGAUGAAUCGAAUAGAAAAAAGAAAAAAAAUCAACUCUACAUUUUAGGUAUUCGAUCAAUGUUUGUUGUUACUUUACGAAAUUGGGAAGAAAAAGUUAAUCAUCUAAUAUUUGACUGCCAAAAUUAUGGCGAAGCAUUACAGUUCCUAUAUGAUCAAUAUGAAUUGUAUAAUGAUCGACAAAAUUCCGAUGUAGAGAAUGUUAUUGAUCGUGUAAUAGAAAUGAUGAAUACAACAUUAAUAAGUUAUAUUCAGCAAUUAGAACCAAAAAAUAUUAAACAAAAUGAAGAUGCUACAAGAGAAUUGAUCAUCAAUUUAAUCAAAUACAUUAUUUGUUUGAAAUCCGAUCAACGACAAAUGGUUAUAUUUAAAUUAUUUGAACAAAUUAAUUCGAAUUUAAUGAUGAAAUCAAUUUUUAUUGAAUCACUUGAGCCUCAUAUUUUUGAUGAUCAAUUAUCUUCGUUGAAUCCUGUGAUUGUCAAAGAAAUGAUUGAUUAUUUUAUUGGUAAAGAAUGGUAUAACCUAUUGGAUUCAUUGAUUAUUCAUUUGAAUAUUGAAUCAUUGGAUAUUGAUCAUAUAAUUCGAAUCUAUAGCCAGUAUUAUCUAUACGAUUCAUUCAUUUAUAUCUACAAUUGUGCUAUGCAAGAUUUUAUAACUCCUUUCAAUGAACUGCUCAAAUUAUUACGAAAUUCAAUUCAAACUAAAUCGCAACUUUUUCCGAAAACUGAUAUUAUUAUUGGAAACAAAUUACUCGUCUAUUUGAAUUGUAUGCUAACUUGUACAUACUAUCCAAACAAAGGUUCAUUACCAGAAUCACAACAACAAGAUCAUUUGGAAACUUGUUUUCAACGUCUUAUGGCUGUAAAUGAUGACAAUCGAUUAGACAUAAUUGAUGUUCUAUUUCAAUAUGAUUCGAUUGAAUUUCUUAAUACACUUUUGAUUGGAUUUGAUUAUCUGGAUAAUUAUCAUCCGAAUCUAUGUUAUUUCAAACAGAUGAUCAUUGACAAAAUGCUUGCAUUUAUUGUUGAAACAAAUAUCACUGAUUUGGAUGAUGAUCAUCGAAAUUCUUUUUUCAUAUUUCUUGGUCGAUGCUGUAUUUCGAAUCAAUCUUCAUCACAGAAUUCAAUCAAACUUAUUAAGGAUCAUUUUAAUCAAAUGAUCGAUUCAUUAUUCAAAGCUAGUUCGAAUAAACGAUUCGAAGAACGUCAACAAAUUCUUAUUCAGCUUUUUCGAAAUGCACCUUGGAAUCAAUGGCUUAAUGAACAGAAUUUUUUAGAAAAAGCUCAAACAAGUCGUAUGUAUAAAAUUUGUGAACAAAUCUAUAGUGAUCGUCGUGAUUGGAUCAAUCUCUUCCGGCUACAUGUUGAAGAUCCCAGUAAACAUGAAGAAAUUUUCAAUUUUAUCGAUUUAAUUAUCAAACAAGAUGAUAGUUUUUUCAAUUCACAAAAUUUCAUUGAAAAUUGUAACAAAAGUGAUUUUCUUAAUAUCGUUUUUGAACAUUUUCGUUUUUUGGUUCAAAUAGAUCAUCAAAAAUCUAGCCAAAUUUUCUAUCAAUUUGUUGAACAAUGUGAAGGACUUUUUAAUUUGAUUAUUGAUCAACUUGAAACCGAACCAUAUCAUAAAUAUCAAUUUCUUCGACAGAUCAUGAUCGAUGACAAUCAAACCAAUAAUGAUGAAACAAAUGUAGCUAAUAAAUCUAAAAUAUUGGAACAAAUUUGUAAUGAUGGAAAAAAUCAAGAUAUUUUUCUUGAACUAUGUUUACAAUUUGAACCAGAACAAAUUGUUUUGAUGCUAGAAUUGUUGAAAAAUUAUGAUCAAAUGAAAAUGCUUGAAAUUUGUCAUGAAUUGCAAUCAUAUGAUGGUCAAGCAUUUAUAUUGGAAUCAAUGAAACAAUAUUCAAAAUCAUUCGACGUUUUAUUUGAUCAAUUCAAAAAAACAUUAGAUGAUAUUCUCAAAAUGGAUGGCAUGUUAGUUAAUAUAGAUGAUGGUGAACAAUUAAUAAAGAAUUUUCAAAAAAUUCUUAGUUUUUGUGAUCGUCGUCAUGAUCCAUCGAAACCGGAAAUGUAUUGGCUUGAGCUGCUUGAAUAUCUUAUAUUUGUGAAAUCUGAUUGUCAUCAACAACAAAAAUCAUCAACAAAAUCUCGUCGACCAAAUGAAACGAACGAUAAAAUUGAUUUGAAUAAACUAUUGAAUCAAUUAUUUGAAACACUUAUGAGCGAAAUGUUAACCCAUUUGAAUCUUGUCCUGUUUCUUGAUAUUAUUAUGGAAAAAAUUCUUAAACAAUCUGAUACUAUAUGUGAUUUUCGUGAAAUGCUUCUAUGUAUAUUGGAAAAUUAUAAUUAUGAAAAAACUCUUUUAGAAUUGACGACCAAUAUUUUAUCAUCUGAACAUCGUCAACUUAUUGAACAAUUUCGUCGAUUAAAAUUACGUUCGAAAAUAUUUCGUCGAUCAAUGAUACAUUGUGAAUUAUGUGAUAAUAAUGAUGAUGAUGAUGUUAACAUAGAUGUUAAUGAAAAAUUGAUUACAUUCAAUAAUUGUGAUCAUAUUCUUCAUUGGUCAUGUUUACAACGAUUUGCAGAUCAAACAAAAUGUCCGGCUUGUCAUAUUAAACUUAAUCAUAAUUAUGAUAAAAAUUUUCAUAGACAUCAAAAAAUUCAAUAUCAGCCAAUAUUUAAUGAUAUUCAAUUACGAAUUCUCAAUCAAAUUCAUCAUGGCCGAUUAAAAUCAUGGAUUCAAAAACAAAAACCAACAUCAUCAUCUAAAUCGAUUAAUCAACGAACA